GGGGAUCAAUGGAGAAGGUAGUAAGAAAUUAUGAGAUGCGUAUGCAUGAAUUAUUAUUAAUGAUCCAAAGCUUUCCAAUAUUAUAUAUUCGAAAUAAAUAAGAGAUCCAUGUCUUCCACGACAACCUUGAUAGAAAGAACAAAAAGGGCAGCUGGAGGGUUGUUUGCAAUAGCACUAAACCAGGUACACCAUCAAACUCGUCCGUUGUUGGGUACUAGUACGACGUCGUCAUCCAUCGGUGCCGAUGCUUUCUCGAAUGAUCGUCGUCUUUGGGUUCAUGAAUCUUCCGGUCUUCUCCGCCCUGUCUUCAGGUGCCUAGGUAUCGACAGUGCAUCAUGGCCUGAUCUUGAAACAGCUGCUACAAGUUCUCAUUGGAAGAGUAAUGUCAGACCACUAUUGAAAGUACUAGCAGAAGAAAGUGAUGGUCCUAAAGAAGUGGAAGAGCAAGAACUUGCAUUGUCAAAAGCAGUAGACACAACGGUAUCAAGCAUAGAAACAUCAGAAGAAAGUUCUGAACAGAAAAAGAAAAAACAGCGUGCAUACGCACAAGAAUGGCGUGAAAAGUUCUCUGUUAGUGAAUCAAUAGCUGAAACAAAGGAACAGAAAGUCCCUACUUCUUACACUAAGGAAGUUGAAGAAACAAUAUUUGAAGAGGCCAGUUUGAUUGGUAACCGAAGGAAAGUGGCAGUCUUAUAUGAGCUUCUUUCAGCUUGUUUGUCAGAUACACCUGAAGAUGACAAGAAAUCUGAACAACGACAAAAAGGGUAUGAUGCUCAUCAUCGUGCUGCUUUGAGGUUGCUUGCAACAUGGUUUGAUGUUAUGUGGAUAAAAAUGGAAGCGAUUGAGGUGGUUCUUUCUUGUUCUGCAAUGGUGGUUUUGGAACAAGAAGAAGGAAAAGUAAAUGAGCGUGACGACUCGUGGGAGAAGUGGAAGCGUGGAGGUCUAAUUGGAGCAGCAGCUGUGACUGGUGGAACGUUAAUGGCAAUUACUGGCGGUUUAGCUGCUCCGGCAAUUGCAUCAGGAGUUAGCGCUUUAGCUCCUACACUAGGUACCGUUGUGCCAGUGGUUGGAGCUGGUGGCUUUGCUGCUGUUGCAAGUGCUACUGGAAGCAUUGCAGGUUCUGUUGCGGUCGCUGCAUCGUUUGGAGCUGCAGGCGCUGGACUUUCAGGGGCUAAGAUGGCUAGAAGGACUGGUAGUGUGGAAGAAUUUGAGUUCAAAGUGAUAGGGGAAAACCACAAUAACGGCAGGCUGGCAGUGGAAAUUCUGGUUUCAGGGUUUGUCUUUCAAGAAGAAGAUUUCUUUAGGCCUUGGGAGGGACAGAACAAUAACAUGGAAAGGUAUGCGUUACAGUGGGAAUCCAAGCAUUUGAUUGCCAUAAGCACUGCAAUUGAGGACUGGCUUACAUCAAGAAUAGCAAUGGAGUUGAUGAAACAAGGUGCUAUGAUGACAGUACUAAGCUCUCUUCUAACUGCUUUAGCUUUGCCUGCCGCAUUACUUGCUCUGACUGAUAUCAUCGAUAGCAAAUGGUCUAUUGCCUUGGAUAGAUCUGACAAAACUGGAAAGUUGCUUGCUGAAGUGUUAGUGAAUGGAUUGCAAGGUAACAGGCCCGUGACACUAGUAGGUUUCUCACUUGGGGCACGGGUGAUUUUUAAGUGUCUUGAGAAUUUGGCAGAAACUGGUCAUGUUGGAAUUGUUGAAAGAGUCGUUCUUCUUGGAGCGCCAGUAUCUAUAAAAGAUGAAAAUUGGGACGCUGCUAGAAGGGUUGUUUCAGGAAGAUUGAUAAAUGCUUAUUCUGAAAAUGAUUGGAUGCUUGGAGUAGCCUUUCGUGCCAGCCUCCUUAGUCAAGGAUUAGCUGGAAUUCAACCAGUUGAUGUUCCUGGAAUCGAGAAUGUUGAUCUUACAGAACUCAUAGAGGGCCAUUCUUCUUAUUUAUGGGGUUCCCGGGAGAUACUAGAUCGUCUUGAUCUUGAAUCUUAUUAUCCUGUUUUCAAAAUUGGUUAUACCAAGGAUUGACCUAGGAGGUCACAAGUAGAAUAACACUAAUAGUAUAAUUACCAUACCAUUAAGGAGGAGUGUUCAAGACCAAUUUGUUAGAGCUAGGGCUUCAGGCCCCUGAGUUUCAAGGCCCCGUUUUUGUAUAUCUACAUUUAUAUAAGUCCGUUUUUGAACCAGAAAGAGGUUUAAGUUUAUUUUGUAGCUAGCAUCUUCUUUUUACUUUUGAGUAAGUUGUAUAACAAUAAGCCAAAAAGUUGUGUAAACUUUAGUAUAGUCGAGUAGUAAAAUUCUUAUUAUAUAAGACAUCAUCUGAUAA